CCUCCUGGACUUGGAUGGUGUCGGCUGGAGCGACUGGACUGGCGCUGGCCGAGAGGAAGACGGCGGUGCAGACGAGAAGAAGCACCGGGGGCUCCAUGGCUGGACUUCUGCUCUGCUCAGCUCCGACGGGCACCUCUGGCCGCUGCAACGGGGCAGCUUUGUUUUUCUAGCAUGGGGAAAUUUGAACUUUGGCCUGCGGGCUGCACCACAGGCCUCCAGCCUUGCUCCAUGCCAGCUGAAAAGAUGGGCAGCUCAGCCGGCCACACCGGAAACAGGCCGGUUGUCCCAGAUGGGAUGCAGGCAGAGCCAGGAGGAUCUCCCACCGAGCUGUGUCACAGAGCCCCCAGAGGAGGCUGCACAAAUCCAGGCUGGAAGAAGAGAGGCUGAGCUGGGCUGGCAUUUGCCGGGCGCAGAGGAGGGUUUUGGGGAGCAAAGGGAGGCGCGAUCCAAAGGACUCAGGAUGAAGUUCAAGAGGAAUAAAGAUGUGAAGGAGCAAAUCCAUGAACUGCAGUCCAUCAUCCACAUCCAAGAACAAGGGAGGAGGCUCCGCACACAAGCAAGCGAAGAGGCCGUGCGCAAGAACAGGGACCUCAUCGCCUUUCUGCGCACCACCCUGCGGGCAGAGAUGCAGGAACUGAAACUGGGGCUGAAGUACGACCACGUCACGAUCAGCAGGGCCUGCCUAGACAGGAAGCAAGAGAAAAACACUCUGGCCAAACAUACAGUGGAGCAAGCGCGAGAGUCCCUGAGCCAGUGGGUCUUCGACCGGAUGAACACCCACAACCUCCUCUUGUACGAAGCCCGGCGCCGAGGGAAGCGCCUGGAGGAGCUCCAGGUGAUGCUGCAGGACCUCAUCGGCCUGGAAAGGGUCAGCCCUGAGGUCCAGCUGCAGCUCCAGACCAUCCGCCAGCUGGAGAACAACAUUGAGAAGAUGCAGGUCAACAUUGUGACUGCAGACAAGGUCCACAUCCUGUACGUGAAGAUGGUGAAUGUGCUGAAAGCUGAACUUUCUCAGCUUCCUUUCCUCCUGGACGACUUGGAGCGCCGGGUGGGCACCUUCCAGUUGGAGCUGCAGGGGGUGGACCUGAUGGCUGUGGAUAUGCUGGAAGCCAUGGAGGCCGCCAAGAUGGACAUGGCCAACGCGGAAAACGAGCUGAUUGCGGAGAAGAAGUUCAGGGAGAACUCGCUCAGCAUCCAGAAGAAGCAGAUAGAGCGCGUCCGUGCGAAGGACGCCCUUGACAGGCACCGAAGGAUGCAAGGCCGGCGAGACCUGGACUUCUCUGCCCUGGUGUUACGGGAAGGAACAAAGGGGCCGAAGAUGGAGGCUUCCAAGGCCCAGAUUGAGUACCAAGGUCUGGUGAUCAGCGAAGUGGAGAAAAUCAAAAGCGCAGUGCAGUGCUCGCAUCUCUGGGAUAUCGCUGGGCGCUUCAUGGCCCAGAAGAAAUCCGAGGAGAACCUCCAGCAGCAGAUCGCCAAAUCGGAGAAGAAGCGGCGAGGCCUGAAGUCCCAGCUGAAGGCUCUGGAGCUGCAGCGAGCCGAGCUGAAAUUCCACCAGUCCCCGAGCUUCCUCAGCAUAAAGACGCUAGAAAAGGACCUGUCCAAGAACCUGGAGGAGGAGGAAGAACGGCUUUCGCAGGUCCGUGACCAGGCCUCCAAGAACCAGGAGCUUCUCCUCCAUUUUGAGAACGGGGUCGACAACCUGAUCUUGAGGCUAUACGACAUCAGUGUGCCCGGCCAGAAGCCUUUAACUUUGCCGACAUCGACCACAGCUACUUGCCCAGCCGGGAGGAGAUCAAGAAGGAGAGCUUGAAGCUCAUGGAGGAAAAGACCAAGGCCAUGAAGAAAAAGCAAAAGGGGGCCAAAAAAUGAGGCUUCCGAGGACUUGGCGACCCCCAUUUCUCGCAUGUGGGGAUUUGACUCUACCCUGUUUUUUUUUAAAUAUAUGUUAUUUAU